AAUCAAUUUUUGGUUAUAAUUAGAUAUACUUUUUAUAAAAAUGAAACCUCCAAUACACUGUCCAGUUUGUACAUCACUUAGUAAAAAUAAUAAAUUAAUUCUAUAUCAAAUAAAUCUCACAAAAGCUGUGUAUUUGUGUGAAGAUAAAAGUUGUAGUUAUCCAAAAGGGCAUAAUUGGGUAGAAAUAAACAGAUCUUGGAAAGAAAUACCAAAAGACACGGAAAAAUUAAAAACAUUAAACACAGAUUCAUCGGAAUAUAAUGAUCCCAACAUUUCAGAUGAUUUUUCCAUCGAUUCCAAUGAGUUUCUAGACAAAAUCUUUAGUGAAUUUGAAAAUACAUGUGAUACUACAGGAAGCGCAACAACAAAUGAAUUUGAAGAGGACUUUGAUAUGGAACAAUUUGAAAAGGACUUUUUUUCUGAGGAUUUAUUCAAUGAUACCAAUGACAUUAUGGAUAAAUUAGAUGUUAACCAAGAAACUGGUCCUAAAAUAUUAGAAAAUCAAGGUGAUUAUAAAAAGGAAAUAUUAACUAAUACAAAUAAUGGAAAUUUAAAACCAAAAAUUUUAAAUGUGGUUAUGCUAAAACCAUCUCAAACUAAAAUAGAGCAAGCACAUCCAAACGCUUGUAAUAAUAAUAAAAGAAUUAAAGUGACGGUUCGUAAAGAUCCCGGUUGCAAUAUUUCUCAAGAACAAAUACAAAAAAUAUUAAAAAAGCUACCUUCAUCAAAUGGUGAAACUGUUGUGUUAAAUUUUAAAUCUUCUAAGUUGAAAAAAUCUAUGUAAUAGAGUAUUAAUUCAAAUAUAAUUUUUAUUGUCAUAUUUA